AUGGAUGCGACUUGCGGCUUUUUGAAAACCUCUUUAGAGGCGCCCGCCUUUCUUUUUCUUUUACUUUCUUUGUCGAUUUUCUAUUCAUUUUGGGAUUUUUUUUUUUCAUUUAUUUUCGUAAUCUUUUCUUCGACCGUUUUCUUUUUCCAUCCUUUUUUUUACCAAUUCUUUGGCUUCUUUAAUUUUAUAUCUAUUUGUUCCAUUAUCUUCCAUUUUCGUUUUUUUUUUUCGUUUUUUUUUCUUUUUCAUUCUUUUUUUGUCUCUUUUCUUCAUAUUUCUUUUGAUAUUUUUUUUUUCUAUUUUCUCACCCAGUUUUCUUUCUUGAUUUUUACUUCAUGGUUUCUUCUUUAUCUUUUCAUUCAGUUCUUAUUUAAUUCAUUCCUUCUUUUCCACUUUGCUCCUUUCUUUCUUUCUUUCAUUCAUUUUCCCCUUUUCUUAUAUUUGCUUAAUUCUCUCAUUCUAACCUGCCAUCAUUCCUUCUUUCCUUCCUUAACUUCAUUCCAUCCUUCAGCAUUCUUUCUCUCUUUCUCUUUUUCUCAUUUCCUUUUUUCUUCCUUCUUUCCAUCUUUCUUCCUUUUGCGUUAUUCUUUCCUUCCUUCAUUCUCUCAUUCAAUAAUUCAUUCAAUAAUAUAUAAAUAA